AUCUGUAGAUGUCGUUCUAUUUUCGUCGCGUACUGACAGCUUCGCGAAAAGCGGAGAUGUGGUCCUAGAUCGCAAGGAGAGAUGUCUAACCUUCAUGUUGGAAUUCUUGAAGUUUAGUGUACAGUGUUCGAACUAGUCCGACGCGAUGAGUAGACGUAGUGUAGCGUCGACUCCGCUCAGUCCGGAUGAGCUGCCAGAUCUACCGGAUAUAGAGGAUCAUUCCGAGGGGAGCUCGGAAAGUUCCGUUCGCGCCGCAGCUGUAACAAGUUCGUAUAGUGAAAUCUGCCUAAGUGCCGAGGAGGACCUCGACGAUGAUUUACUACCGGGAGAAAUUCAGGAUCUCAACUCCGUGCAGGAUACUACGGACGAAAUCACCAAAUUGGUCGAAAAAAUCAACCAAGGGGAAGAGUCUCUGGUGGCCGAACCGGAGCGGAGAGCCCGCCAGAUACCAACAUCGCUACCAGUCGAAACAAUGCAGGUGCUGCCUACGUUCGAAGCAGCGUUCGGACGACCGCCAGACGCCGAGGUCGCCAGAGAAGUAUCCGGAGGGCCAUUAGAGCAGCAGGUCUAUGUCGUCGACGAUAUCGAUGAGAAAAUUCGUCAAGCGAGUCGAGCAACAUCGCUCGCAGCGACCCCAGCUCCAGACAUUUCUCGCUUGCCUUCAAUCCUCGCUGAUCUCGAAAGUGACGCCCGGAAACUGGCCAAUUCCGUUCAGCAUAUGAUGGAAACCCUUUCAAGUCAGUUGCGCAAUGUGACAAGGCUCACUGCUGACUUCAUGGCCGCUUAUGAAACCGGAGUGAUUAGAGCCUGUGAUGCUGCCGAUGCGAAUGUUAAGAGUAUGUAUCGAUUGUUGGCCAAGUAUGAAGAACUCAGCAAUGCCAUGAAACCCGUGUGCCGAACAGCUCAAGAAGUUAAGGAAAUAAAGCAAACCCUAGCUCACUUCGAAUCGCUGGUCGACGUGAAACAAUCGAAAGCGACUUGAUCCACAUCGUCCCGACUCCCGCACGAUUGAAAGGUAGCUCCAUCGGAGACCCCUCGUAAGAUAUCAACAAAUUCCGAGUCUCCAGCGGUGAAACGAAAUCUCAAGGGGAACAGGUCUUGUAGCCCCAGCAUAACGUUCUUUCCAAAGUCUAACCUCUUGCCAUUGACCUUCGUGAUCGAAUAAACGAUACGCUUCU